GCACCAUGGCGGAGGAGCUGGCGGAGCGGCUGGGCCGGCGGCUGGGGAUGCGGGAAGGGGAUGCGGAGCAACAGCAACAACAGCAGCAACAGCAGCAGGAUGCGGAACCCACCCCGGUGCCCCCCGGCAGCCCCGCGGUGCGGGCGCUGGGCAGCGAAGGUUCACCCGGCGGCGGCCGGAGGCUCUUCAGCCCCGCGGCGGAGUUCCGUGAGUUCUCCAGGCGGCAGCUCCGUGACAUGGAGAGACUCUUCCGACAGUACGAUGCAGGGAAGGAUGGUUUCAUUGACCUGAUGGAGCUGAAACUGAUGAUGGAGAAGCUGGGAGCGCCACAGACCCACCUGGGCCUGAAGAACAUGAUCAAGGAGGUGGAUGAGGACCUGGACAGCAAGCUGAGCUUCCGCGAGUUCCUGCUGAUAUUCCGCAAGGCAGCAGCGGGUGAGCUGCAGGAGGACAGCGGGCUGCACGCUCUGGCACGGCUCUCCGAGAUCGACGUCUCAACAGAGGGCGUGAAGGGAGCCAAGAGCUUCUUCGAGGCCAAGGCACAGGCGGUCACCAAGGGCAGCAGCUUUGAGGAGGAGAUCCGUGCAGAGCAGGAGGAGAAGAGGCGGCAGGCGGAGGAGAUGAAGCAGCGCAAGGCGGCCUUCAAGGAGCUGCAGUCAGCGUUUGCUCAGUGACUGUGGCAUGAGGAAGGAGCCCCACCACGCCAUCACCCGUCCCCUGCGUGUCAUCGUGCCCACGACUCGUGCCAAGCCGGGGGCAGCAGUCACUGUGCUCGGUGCCACGGAGCAGGCAGGCGCCCAAUGUGUUGGGUUGGAGGUGGCCUUGGCUCCCCUUGGGUUUAUCAUGGUGAAAGAUGCCCAUAAAGGCCACCGAGGGGAGAGAAGCUUUAUUUCUUGUGUGUCCCGUCCUCUAAGCACCCCAAGGGAUGGUAUCUGAUGUGCUGUCCCUCCUGGAGUGGUUGUGCCGAUGACUGUGAUGUCCCACCGAGGUGUUGUCCCAACAGCUGCUUCCAUUCUGCUGUAUGGAUGUGUUGUUCGCUGUGUCGUUUUCUUUUUCUUUCUUUUUAAAUCCCAAAUAAAUAUUAUAUUUCCUAAGGAA